CAGAGCAGCCAGGAGCCAAUCGCUGGGCGGGGGCGGAGAGAGAGACUGGGGAAGCCCCGGGCGGCGUGCGCGCAGGCGCACUGUCUCACACCUGGCUCUCCGCAGCCUCGGAAUUAGGCUUCGCCUGCUAGGAUUGCGGGACAAGAAUGGGGAGACUACUAGUGGCCAUGAACUCUCCUCAGUGCUCCUGGGGUUAAAUCAGGCUGGCAGCCAUGGGGCUGGAAUGGCCCCAGGCCUGGUUAUUGGGCCUGCCCACAGCUGUGGUCUAUGGAUCCCUGGCCUUCUUCACCUCCAUCCUGCACAAUGUAUUCCUGCUCUACUACGUGGACACCUUUGUCUCAGUGUACAAGAUCAACAAAGUGGCCUUCUGGGUUGGAGAGACGGUGUUUCUCCUCUGGAACAGCCUUAAUGACCCCCUCUUUGGCUGGCUCAGUGACCGCCAGUUCCUCAGCUCUCAGCCUUGCAGGUCAAGUGCCAGGCUCUCCUCAAGGGCUGUGGUACUGGCACGGGUGCGAGUGCUGGGCAGGCACGGGCCGCUGCUGGCACUGUCGUUCCUGUCAUUCUGGGUGCCCUGGGCCCCAGCUGGCCUACAGUUCUUGCUGUGCCUGUGCCUCUAUGAUGGCUUCCUGACACUGGUGGACCUUCACCAUCAUGCCUUGUUGGCCGACCUGGCCCUCACGGCCCACGACCGUACCCAUCUCAACUUCUACUGCUCCCUCUUCAGUGCAGCUGGCUCCCUCUCUGUCUUUGCCUCCUACGCCUUUUGGAACAAGGAGGACUUCUCCUCUUUCCGUGCCUUCUGUGUGGCACUGGCUGCUGGUUCUGGGCUGGGCUUUCUGGGGGCCACACAGCUGCUGAGGCGGCGGGUUGAGGUGGCUGGAAAGGACCUGGGGUGCUCAACCCUGACCAUGGAUGGCAGCCUAUAUGGAGAGGAGCUGCCAGUGGGCAGUGAGGAAGCAGACAGCAUCACCUUGGGCCAGUACCUCCGGCAGCUGGCACACCAUCAAAACUUCCUGUGGUUCGUGGGCAUGGACCUGGUGCAGGUGUUUCACUGCCACUUCAACAGCAACUUCUUCCCCCUCUUCUUGGAGCAUCUGUUGGCGGACCAUAUCUCCCUCUCCACUGGCUCCUUCCUGUUGGGCAUCUCCUAUGUCGCUCCCCAUCUCAACAACCUCUACUUCCUGUCCCUGUGUCGGCGCUGGGGUGUCUACGCGGUAGUGCGGGGUCUCUUUCUGCUCAAGCUGGGCCUUAGCCUGCUCAUGCUGGUGGCUGGCCCAGACCAUCCUGGGCUGCUCUGCUUCUUCAUUGCCAGCAAUCGUGUUUUCACUGAGGGCACCUGCAAGCUAUUGACCCUGGUGGUCACUGACCUGGUGGAUGAGGACCUGGUGCUGAACCAUCGCAAACAGGCGGCCUCGGCGCUUCUCUUUGGCAUGGUUGCCCUGGUGACCAAACCAGGCCAGACCUUUGCCCCACUGCUGGGCACCUGGCUACUCUGCUUCUAUACAGGUCAUGACCUCUUCCAACAGCCUCCAAUGACCCCUGUGGGGAGUGCCCAGCCCUGGCCGGAGCCACCGGCCCCAGCCCCAGCACAGGCUCCCACACUCCGCCAGGGCUGCUUCUACCUGCUGGUGCUCGUACCCAUCACAUGUGCUCUGCUGCAGCUCUUCACCUGGUCUCAGUUCACGCUGCAUGGGAGGCGCCUGCACAUGGUCAAGGCCCAGCGCCAGAGUCUGGCACAGGUCCAAACCCUGGACAUUAAGACAGUAUGAGGUGCACUAAGGCCAUCCUGUUGAAGACACUGCUGCUCAGUAGGGAGCAGGAGCCACUUUUGCCAGUGUCCUGCUAGUCCACCUUCCUUGGGUGUAGCCUGGAGGAGAUGGCACUUGGGAGCUCCUGGGAAUGUCACUGAAGUCUCUUCCUCCUAGCCGUCUGGCUCAGUUUGAGCAAGGGCUGGGCUGUAUGCUCAGGGACAUGCUUCCUCUGUGGGGCAGACGGAAAGACCAGAAGGGACGGGGCUACAUGUGGUGCACAUAGGACUGCCAUGGGGCAUGGAGAGACAGCCUGCUGUCAGCAGCUAGGGCUGGCCACUCUGGCAACUCAAGAACCACUUUAUAAAAAAAAUUUCUCAUUCUGUAUCUUUUCACUUUCUGUUUUUCAUAUACAUAUAUAUAUAUAUGCCAC